UCGCGAGUCCUCAUCCAGUGAACACGUUGCAAGUCGUUAAUAACGAUGAGCUCCAAGCAGAACGAACGAAACGAGCAAGCGUGCGAUCGACUGCGAAAAGGAAGAAGAAAAAGAAAGGAAAGAUCGGAAGGAGGCGAUCACACAAGGAGAGCGAGAAAGCGUAGGGAACGAGGAGUAAUGGGAAAAAACGUUGGAGGAGGGGGCCGGUUUGCAUGCACCUGGGGGCCCGCAAAGGGGCCCAGGAGGAGGGGAGCGGGACCGCAGGUGCGGUCGGGAUGAAGCACGGCCGAGCAAUGCUGUGCGGUCCGUCGUGGCGCGGAGAACAGGAGCGUCCGCUUCCUGUCCUUCCUCUUCUCCGAGAAUCCGCCGUUUUGCAUGUUACACCGCAUUUCGCCGCUUCCGAAAGUGCUACGCACGGGACGAUCGCGUGGGACGACGAUCUCUUUUUCCUGGAGUCCGAAAAUUUUUGGUGCGAGUUACCGAAACGAGAUAAAGAGCGUGAUAUGCGUGAAGAUCUUCUUGACUGAUAAAUCCCGAGCGGCACACUCAGUCGAAUGUUCAUAAAUGUAAGCCCGAAAUCACUCCGAACCCGUGAGACCGUCUGAACGUCAUCGUCAACAGCCACGAUGAGAACCAUCCUUCUUUGUUCGAUAUUUUUACUCAUAUCUGUGUCGAUCGCCGGAUCGAUCAACGACUGCAACGAUCCGAAUUUUCACUCUCUGGAGACGUCGGAAUCAUCCAGGAUCGAGUGCGGCCCGGCUUUUAAAAAUCGCUGUCAUUGUCUGAGAACGUGCUACGACGGCCAUCAUCAGUACGUCGUGAAUUGCACGAACGCAGGCUUCCAUGAUACGUCUCCUCUGGCGCAUCUUCCCAACGACACGCAAGUGCUUAUCUUUACGGGAAAUGAGCUGCAGGAACUGCCGUGGAACGUGUUUGGCACUCUGGACAGCCUGCCGUAUCUGAGAGUGAUCGAUAUGUCGAACAACAAGAUACGCGAAAUCCGCGGCAAGGCCUAUCACCACGUGCAACACGUGGAGCGUCUCAUACUCGACUUCAACGAGCUCUCGUUGGACCCCGCGAGAAGCCAUCCGAGAGUGUUCUCCAAUUUCGUCUCCCUUCUGGAGCUGCAUCUAACCGACGCUUUCGAGGACGGCCCACCGAGGAAUCUGGCGUCGACGCUUCACGACAUCUUCGUCAAUAGUAAUCUCACGAAAUUGAUAAAACUUCACUUGGAGCAAAACGAGAUCUCGGAGUUUCGAGACGCCAACGUAUUCUGCGAUCUACCGAAUCUCCUGGAUCUCUAUCUCGGCGAUAACGCUCUGAGUGCGCUUCACUUUAAUCUGUCGUGUCUACAUAAUCUGCGCUUCUUGGAUCUUCGACGAAAUAAAUUCACGAGGGUCCUCGAGCGCGAUCUCCAUAUCAUGGACAAUCUCGCUAAGCACGAUCGGUCUGUGACCGUGGACUUUACCGGUAAUCCUUUCGAGUGUUCCUGCAAGCUCAAUCCGUUCAUCAAAUGGAUAAAAAAGACGAGGGUGUUCGUUCGAAACAAGGCUAGCUUACAGUGCUACGAAGGAAAUACAAGUCACGACUUUCACGAAACGAAGGAUUGCACACCGAAAUUGUUAGGUUCCACCCGACGAGGAACAACCGUGAUACUUUGCUUCCUCUCGAUGGUGCUGAUCGCCCUAGUAUGCGCUCUGGUCUAUCUACAACGGACGAAACUCCAGAAGAAGAUCGAGCCGGUGCUCGAUUCAGUCAGCAAGAGAGUGCGAUACACCUCGAUAGCGAGUGGCGAUGCUCGCGAAGAUGUAUAAAAGGAAAACUUCACAAACGCAACCGGGAAAAUGUCGCUCGUCGGGCGACUUCAUCUCGACGAGGUUGUCAGUUCGUUCCCGGAGCUCGGACCAACAGCUCCAGAUGGUGGCUACUCGUGGUUCGUUCUCCUCGGUGUUGUCUUCAUUCAGAUAACCGUGCCUAGUGUCCUGUCGAUGUACGGCAUAGUGCUGGGAUAUUUAACGACGAACAACGCAUUAUUCUACUUCGACUUGUGGAGCGCGAAAAUCAUCCUGACGCCGAUAUUGUUCGUCGCCUUCUGGAGUCUGGCAGACCCAUGGACCAAAACGAUCACAGAUUUGGCAUCGAUACCACGGCUGGUCGGUCUGAUCGGCGUGACUCUCCUCACCACAGGCGUCAUAGCUUCCGGAUACUUGGCGACCGGCGGUGCGGGCGCGUAUUUGGCUAGUUUGAGUGCCGGGGCGGUGAUGGGCGUAGGAGCAAGUUUCGUGAUCGUGGAGAGCGAGACUGUGCUGCGGAAGCACUUCAGAGUCAGGUUGCCGCUGGUGCUGAUGCUGAAGAACGUAGCCGCUUCCGUUGGCUUCACGAUCGUGCCGGCACUCACACACUUCUUACUCGUGGGAACCGGACUGAAGAGCGGUAUCCUACUAAUGACGAUCGUCUUCAUUCCCACCGCCUUGGGCACGCUGACCUUGCGCUCCCCGCCACCGCAGCGAGCAUCUCCUUACAGAUUGCUUCUGCCGACCGACGAGGACAAUGAAUUGGGCAUCAGAAUAUCUUCGGAUAGAGAAUCAGAGUCAGAGCGACAGAGUAACGGCGUGGACAACGCCGGCUACGAGAACAGUGACAAACGUGAUAGAAAUGCCGUGCCUCUGUUCAGCGAGGUAAACAGUAUCUAUGCGUAUCAGGAACCGGAUGAAGAUGUGGAGCUUUUCAUCAAUCCGAUCGUGCAAUCGGACGACAAGUGGAAGCAGGAAUUCCGCGUGGUUCGCUACUUCCGAUUCUGGGCAGCCGCGGUGACGUGGAUCGGCAUGAAAGCCGGUUCGCUCUACUUCUGGAUCCUGGUACCCGCUGUAUUCCUGCAACGAACCACGGAGUCGUUCGUUUAUUACUCGGACGAUUGGGUGACGUUAUUGGUAAUCGCCGGCUUCGGCUCUUUCGUCCCCAGUAUCGCCAGCUGUUGGUCCAUCACAACCACUGCGCAGUACAGAAGGAUAUAUUUCGGGAGCGCUUGUUGGCUCGGCAGUAUUAUUUUGUUAGGUUUAUCUUAUACGAAUAACUAUUACUGGUUUCUGAUAUGCUCGCUACUUGGCGGAAUUAGCAUCAACAGUUUGCUCACUUGCCAGGACUUAACAUUGUGCGACGUGCUGGGAAAUCAAUUCGCGCAUCGCUCGCAUAAGUUGUUCUCCACCUUAGUCGGACUGGGCGUGCUGACCUUCUGCUUCGUGCAUAGUGAGAAUGUAUGCCUUCGAGCGGUUGCGUUGCUGCAGUUUCUCGGCGGAUGUUAUUGGACCGUACCGCCCGUUUGGGAAAUCGUACAAGAGCGGAGGCUCAGAAACGGUUAAUCCCGUUACAAAGAAAAUCACGAGUCAUGCUUUACGUUCCGCCAUAUAGAAAUAUUUACAAGGCGUUGAUAUCGAUGAUGAAAGUCACAGUGUGAUUGAUUCCUUAUAAUGUUUUUAAAUAGUAAAAAAUACUCUCUUAUAGGAUAAUCUUAAGAAUAGAUGUGCGCUCCGUACAAUGCAAAUUGUGUAAUUGUGAAAUGAUUAUUUAACUUAGAGAUGAGGAGCGAGAUAGAACAAAUUGUUUUUAAAUUAUACAAUUGUAUACGUGUGAUCGCAAUAAAGUGUCUUUGGAGAAUCUUUAUUAAAAUAUUCUUUUCAAUCGCUUCGAAUAUUAACAAUGCACAUUACGGUAUUAUCACACUGACUCCCCUUGCAUGCUCUUAUUGAUAAAUUUAUGCUAUCAUUUUUAUUUAUCCUGCAAAUCUUUAUAUUUGGUAAGAAUACAUGCAUCCGAUCAUAUUCUCCGCAUUUAAGCGCCAGUUAUAUAUUACGGAGCGCGAUGCUCUAAUAUAACUGCCAUUUAUUAAAAGAUAGAAUUAUAUCACAAGAGAUAAACGCAAGAUAAAAACGGAAUCCCAUGAAAUCUUGCACACACACACCAUCUUCCUUAAAAAGUAAAUAUAAAAAACUCGAUACUCUUAAAAUUUAUACGCGCAUUUACCGAUUACAGUUUAACUGAUAACAAUCAGGUAAUAACUAAAUAGGAUAAAGUGAUGAAAAUGAAGAUUGCGCUUAUACUUUCUUUCUCUCGCGUAUAAUAAAGAUAUGCCGUAUAUGUAA